GGGGUCAGGGGGGUUCAGGGGGAGGGCAAGGGGUGGGCGAGGGUGACCGGGCGCGGUGGGAAGAGCGUGGAGUCCCGCCCCUACCUUUCUCUUGGAUCUCUGACCUCAGGGCGCCCCCGCACACCCAUCCUACAGCCGUAGGCUGCAUUCUGGGUUCAAACUGGGUCCAGCCCCUAUCCAAGAUCCUGGGCCAGGUCAGAGUAGUGGCAGGUGUGGCUCUGGCAGGGGGGUGGUAAAUGUCAAGAACAGACAGGACCAUUCUGUGGUCCUUUGGGAAGCCCACCCAGGGAGUGAGUCAUCACUGGGCACUUUAGGAGUAAAAGGACACAGAGAAUUAGCAGCAGGGACUGAGAGGCAGAAAUGGCCAUGAUUCAGGGAAGGGACAGAGGUUCUGUGAGGGAUGGAAACUCAGCAAGGGCAUGGGAGUGGGAAGUGAAGAGACAAGGGGUGUGUAUAGAUUCCCUCCCUCCCCUUCCUGAAGUUUACUUACAUUUUCUUGGGGAAAGACCCAGAUCUUGACAUUCUACAACCAGAAGAUGGGAGUCUAGCUCACUGUCAGGUCACUUAAGGUGUUGUGGGGGCAAGGGGGAGGUUCAGCAUGUUGGGGGAUAGGAAUUAGGUUCAUCUAAUUGGUGGGAAUAUGCUUCUCCUCUCCCCCCACUCCCCUCCUUUCUCUCCCUCCACUCCCCUCAUUUCCCCUUACCUCCACCAGACCAGUGACCAGCCAGUACAAGAAAAUGGUCCUUUACUCAUUGUCAUGGGCUGCGCCCCACCUUAUCCUGGUUCCCAAUUCAAUCAUUAGAGAUCCCCUGCCAGAAACUUGCUUUGUGAAUGGUGGCUCCUCAGAAAGAGGACCUCCGUUUCCCCAUCUGUGCAAGAAGUGGGUUGGUCGGUUGAUUUUUCAGGGCUCUUUCAACUCUAUAGUUCUUGAUUGUAAGGUUUCCUUAAAGCCUGAGCAUCAGCUAUGUGCCCUGACUUAGGCUGGGGUGGGGGUGGGGCAACAAUGGCCAAAGGGCAGCUUCCACCUGAGGAGAAAGGCUUCUGGGUUUAGUAGAGAGGGCUGUGGGAGGAGGUAGCAUUCAACCUGGUCAUGUGUAGUCAGAGAGACCAGUGGAAGAAAAACAUGGGGGCAGGAGGGUGGGGGAUCAGGAAACAGCCCUGGGUGGCUGGUGGAGGGAAGUGGGCAGGAAAGGUGGGGUGAGAUGAUGAAUGCUCAGGUGGUAGUCUAUUGGUAACUGUCAGUAAAGGGGGCUGUGCAAAGGAGGAGAACCAGGAACCCCACCUAAUUGCAGUAGGAAUGAUUUUUGGAAGCACCUGCCACAAGCAGAGUUUAGAAUGCAGGUGGCAUGUGAAGGGUGGAAAUCUCCUCUGGGAUCAGGAAGUUCAGGAGCCACACUGGGGACUUCUUUGGGUAGAAGUCAAGGAUAAGGAAAUGGGUGAGAUGACUUUCCACAUCUUCAAGGGGUUUUUUCAAGAGGACAAGAUCCUGCUGGGAGAUCUGCCCCUCCUGUCCAUACCACCUGUCAUUUUCUUGACCAUCCCCAUCCUGGCCUGCCUGUUAUGGGUCCAAGAAAGAAUCCUUGUUCUAAAUUUCUCCACUAGCCUGACUUGUUGCCUAACCUGAUACCUCCCCCAAUUGUCACCUUGUUCCUGUCCUCAUUCCUCCAUUCUUCCCAGCAUUAUUAGAGACGUGAGACAGGAAGGUGCUUCAUAUCAGCUCUGAGGUUAAGGCGAGGCUUUGUUUGUGGCUGUGUUCAGCCUCAGUCUAGGGCUAGAGUCAGGACUCAAAUUGACCAGGGUCAGGGCCAGGUCAGAGGUCAGCCCGGAGCCACAGCUCAGUGCUUAGCUUACACUUAGGCUUAGCCCUCAGUCUGUGGCUAAAUUCCAUUCUCAGCAGGUACCUGGGUCUGAUUUUCCCAAGAGCUCACACAUGCACAGCGUAGGUGAGGUGACUACCACACCAGUCCCAGAAACCUAGUCUGUAUCUGAGUGACCCAGGAUGUUGCAUGGGUGAGACUCAUGCCUGCUACGGGGAUCACCCAGCCAUGGAAAAGCUGAGACUAGAACCCAGGACCCCUGUCUGCCUCCAAGCCUGCUGUUCCAAACUCUGUUCUGAGUCUGGGAUGCCUCCAUUUAAGAGGCAAAACAAAUUUGUCUGAAUUCUAGAUAGGCCCAGCUGGGUAGAUCUGACUAUAUUCCCCUACUUUCCAGUGCCAGGCACAUAGUAGGUGCUCACCGAGCUUGUACUGUCAGGUGCAGGAGGAGCCGGCAGCUUGUUCAGUUUUGGGUCUGGAGGAGGCUGGCUUGGUAGGGAGGGAUCUCUAGCCACUGUUGGAGGAAGUGGUACCCAUCUGGACCUGCCACCUCCCCCUCUCCUCUAGUGCCUGCAGCCACACUCAGAGGCCACCAGCUGGCCACAUGAGGUCCCUUUCCUCUUUCGGAGGUAAUAAAAGGAAAGUACAUUUUUGGUAGAAAAGUCCCUCCCGCUCCCUGGGAAUCCCCGGUGGCCGGAUGGACUCGGGAUAUCCCAGAGGAAGCUGAAGGCGGGGCCUUGCUCCCUACCCCAACCCCCAGCACAAUACAGCCAGCCUCUCCCACGCUGCACCACCUGGUCCACAGGGCACCCCUGAGGUCAUCUCAUCCAGGCCCCUGCCUCCUGGAGGGCCUGCAGGAAGCCUCUGCCACCUCUCUAAUAGUCAACAGGCAGCCACAGGUCCUGCCCCUGGACACCUUGCCCUCAGCCCCGCCUGGCCAUGGCACUGUGCCUGAAGCAGGUGUUCGCCAAGGACAAGACAUUCCGGCCUCGGAAGCGCUUCGAACCAGGCACACAGCGCUUCGAGCUGUACAAGAAGGCACAGGCAUCACUCAAGUCAGGCCUGGACCUGCGCACUGUGGUGAGGCUGCCACCAGGAGAGAACAUCGACGACUGGAUCGCCGUGCACGUGGUAGACUUCUUCAAUCGCAUCAACCUCAUCUAUGGCACCAUGGCUGAGCGCUGCAGUGAGACUAGCUGCCCGGUCAUGGCCGGAGGGCCCCGCUAUGAGUACCGCUGGCAGGACGAGCGCCAGUAUAGGCGGCCUGCCAAGCUCUCAGCGCCGCGCUACAUGGCCUUGCUCAUGGACUGGAUUGAGGGCCUCAUCAAUGACGAGGACGUCUUUCCCACUCGUGUUGGAGUUCCCUUCCCCAAGAACUUCCAGCAGGUCUGCACCAAGAUCCUGACCCGCCUCUUCCGUGUCUUUGUCCACGUCUACAUUCACCACUUUGACAGCAUCCUCAGCAUGGGGGCUGAGGCACAUGUCAACACCUGCUAUAAACACUUCUACUAUUUCAUCCGCGAGUUCAGCCUGGUGGACCAGCGGGAGCUAGAGCCACUGAGGGAGAUGACAGAGCGGAUCUGUCACUGAACCCAGGUCUGGAGUUGUUGACUGUCAGAUGGACCAUGUGAACACAGAGUGUCUGGAGAGAGAACCCUCAGUAGUCUGGUAGCAGAGAAAUCUGAAGUGCCUGGGACUCUUCCACACACACAAAGCCCCUGAACUUGUGGUUCUCAGGAGUCUGCCCACAUGCCCCUUGACUGCUUAUGAA